GAGCGGAGAGCUGCCCGCCUUUAAUCAUUACCAGUGGGCGGCCCGAGCGCGGCUCCGCCCCGGGGCAGCCGCCAGUGCGCCCCGCCGCGCGCUCGCCCUGCCCGCCGCCACCUGCUGCCGGUCCGGCCACCUGCCUGCGCGCCGCGCCCCGACAUGGCUGGCAAAGCACACAGGCUAAGUGCCGAGGAGAGAGACCAGCUGCUGCCAAACCUGAGGGCUGUGGGCUGGACUGAGAUGGAGGGCCGGGAUGCCAUCUUCAAGCAGUUCCAUUUCAAAGACUUCAACAGGGCUUUCGGCUUCAUGACCAGAGUGGCCCUGCAGGCCGAGAAGCUGGACCACCAUCCUGAGUGGUUCAACAUGUACAACAAGGUACAUAUCACCCUGAGCACCCAUGAAUGUGCAGGCCUUUCAGAACGGGACAUAAAUCUGGCCAGCUUCAUCGAACAAGUAGCAGUGUCCAUGACAUAGACCCUACCCUUCUUUGCAUUCUUAGGGGAAAGGGGUGACUGAACUGGGAAUCCAGGUAGGGAGCCCUUGGUCUCUGAGACUGCUGCAGUCAGAGCUGCUGUGUUCACCCUGCUGGCCUCCAUGUAGGGGCAGGGUCAAUGCUGUGGUAAGAUGCCAGGGUCACUGCCAAUACCCGGAAUUGAGACCUUUCUUCCCCUCUGCCACUCUUCACCCUUGGGCUUUGUUACAUUAGAGUAGGCCCUCCCUUUCCUUGCAGGUUCCCAGCAACAGUAUGAUUUUCCUUCCAGGAUGUGUCUUGCUCCCUAUCCAUUUCCCAAGCAGCUGUGACACAGGGUGAAAUAAAGUCCUAUCUUAGGAAACGUGUACUUUUAUUCCUCCAACAAAACCUAAUGUAUCACUUGGUCUUACUGGGGAUGAAACCCAGGGCCUUGCACAUGGUAGGCAAGUGCUCUACUGCUGAGCUGCACCCCCAGUCAAUAGGCACUUAAGUGGAAAUGCUUUCUGCCCCAAGCUACAGUUCAAGGUGCUAGGAGAAAGGGAAGGAGCAGAACACCCUCCCUUCAGGUUCAUUACCAUCUAGGGGAAUCAAACAGGAAGACUAUUAACUAAACAGAGGAAAACUAAGUUAAGGCUAAAUGUCAGGAUAUGAAAUGAGCAGUGACUAGUGGUGACAAGGGUGAUUCUAAGUUAUACCUCAAAGACCCAAGGAGGAUUCUUGAGAGGCAGAGAUGGCUAAGCAGGCAACAUGAACACAAGUUAGGAGGGCAUGGGGACCUCCAUCUAGACAGUCUGUGGCCAUAGUAUCUUCUUCCUGCUGUCAUGACUAAUUUUAUGUGCCAACUUGGCUGGGCCAUGGGGUGCCCAGACAUUUGGUCAAGCAUUAUUCUGGGUGUAUCAGUGUGGGGGUUCUGGAUGAGAUUCGUGUAUUGGUACUGAGUACAGCAGGUUGCCCUCCCUAAGGUGGGAGGCCGGGAUGGAGCAAAAGGGCUGGCCCACCUCCAGAGAACACUUGCCUGACUGCCUUGAGCUGCGG